CUGAUGAAAUUCUCCACCAGUUAUUUUAUUCUUCCCUUUUAUCCCAUUCCCACGACCCCUUCUCCUCUCUGGUUGCGCCUUUCCUUCUUUCCCGUGUUUUCUCUUGACUUGUGAAUAUGUCUGAUGUUUUUUGAUUUCUCGUCAGAUUGAGCAUAUUGAAUUAUUUUUCUUCAAAUUUGUUUGUCUCCAAUUUGCGAUUAUCCGACUUCGAGUGAGGUUCCCGUAGAAUCAAUAGUCUUCGUUUAGGCACGUUUACUUCUAGUAGUUUUUGGAUCCUAGGGGAAAUCUUAGGCUGACUGCCAAAUAGAUUCACAUCGUCAGUAGUGUUUUGAUCUUGGUCCUAGAGGAGAGGCAAAAUGGGCGGACGCGGCGGCAUCAACAUUCUUGGAGAGAAGUCAUGGCACGUUUGGCGCAUGGACAAUCGCUUGCGUGUCGAACGGGAUGAGAGACGGGCGCGAGAGCAGCAGGAAAAUGCCGAUAGGCAAGUGAGGCAGCGAGAGUUCCGCCAUAAAGUCAGAGACUUGAAACGGAAAAAUCGUGCGGUAGAAGGCGGUGCAGCUUCUAUCGAGGAUGCGGAUGAUGCCUCCAGUAACGACCACAGUGAGGACAAAGGUGCUCAAGGUCAAGUAGGUGCACAACAGCGAGAGCAGAUUGGAGGAGCAAGUAGUAGCUCUCGAGCUUUUCAUGCCGGAAAGCAAGUUCUGGGCACGUAUAAUCCUGACACUCGAGCUGGACGACGGAAGGAAGAAGAGCUCCUGAAACCGCGACCAAGAAUGAGCAAAUCUCAACUACAAGAUCAGAAAUCUUCAUUACCGGGAAUCAGUUCCUCUUUCGUACAAAAAUCUUCAUCCCGAGGAGGUGGAGCUACGUCUUCUUCCACUAAUAAUGCUGGUGGUCGUUACGUGAAUCUUUUUCAGGAGGAAGAAGACGCCUGGAACGAAGCCGAGGCAGCGCGCGCGAAAAAGGUGAAUAUGCAAGCCCGUGGGAGCAUACUUUCAAAAAAGGGAACCUUGCAAGGGUCCGUCAUUGGCGAAAAAGCAACUGCGAACCUCGCAGAUUUCAAGAAAGGACCAUUGCCGUGGUACAUGGCCGCGGGAAAGAACUCAUCAUCUUCAUCUACGACUACGUCAAUACUAGAUAAUAAACGUGGACCUCCUAGUAUUUCUGAACGGCCUCCUACUUCUGCUCUGGGUCUGGAGGAUGGUACUUCUACUAAAAAUAGCACAAUUAAAUUGAAGUCCAUCACCGGCGCGGCUCCUUCUAGCCGAAGUAUCAUGACACUGCCAAACGAGUUGGAAGACGAUGAAAAGCCACCAAAGAAACGCAAGAGAAAGGAUGAGUCCGACUGGGUGGCUUUGGAGAACAAUGGUUCGAAUGACGACUCGGAGGAGGAAGGCGACGAGGACGGCCGCAAUGUGAAACCCUCAAAGAGGAUGAAGGAACAACGAAAAAGGAAGCGACAUCGCGAGUCGUCCUCUUCCUCUGACGAGGCUGAGGAGGUGACCAGUCGUAAGAACAAGAAGAGACGAAAGAAGGACCAAGACAAGAAACUGAAAAAGGACAAAUCUUCAACUGCGAAACAUAGUGGUUCGUUGAAAGCUGCACCCUCUUCUAGUAGCAGCAUCAUACCGAAAGGCAUUGACCUGUCAAGAGUCAAGUCGCAUAAGGAGCUGAAGGCCGAGCGGCUUUAUCGAGAAGAGCAAGAACAAAGGAAGGCGAGUCGUCUCUUAGUCAAUAGCGGCAGGCACUAG